UUCCUUGCAGUGUAAAGUUGUUGUUUAUUUGAGAUCUUUAUUCUUAAUGUAGGCAUUAAUCACUAUAAACUUUACUCUUAGUAUUGCUUUUGCUGCAUUCCAUAAAUUUUGUUAUGUUGUUUUUUCAUUUUCAUUAGUGUCAAGACUUUUUUUAAUUUCCUUUUUGAUUUCUUCUUUGACCCAUUGAUUGUGCAGGAGUAUAUCCAUCUUAGUCUAUUUAGGCUGCUAUACCAAAAAUACCAUAUCCUAGAUUGUUUAUAAAUAACAUAAAUGCAUUCCUCAUAAUUCUCGAGCCUAAGAAGUCCAAGCUCCAGACACCGGUAGAUUUGGUGUCUAGUGAAGACCUAUUUUAUGGUUCUUUUCUUUCUUGCUUACUGCCCCCUUUUGUGAUUCAAUGAUUAAAAUAUUCCGAACAGCAGAAGUGAAAAGUUCUUCAAUGGUUGUAUAAUCAUAGCAUAACAAAAUGAACACAUUCUAAGUAUAUUCCAUGCAGCAUAGUGCCUAUAGUUAACGAUACAGUAUAAGGACUCAGAAACUUAAGAGGGUAAAUCUCAUGCUAAGUGUUUUUUUUACCAUACAUACACAUGCAAGCAAGAAAUGGACACAAGAAAUCCUUUGGAAGUGAUGAAUAUGUUUACUACUUGAUUGUGGUCAUGGUAUCAUGGGUAUAUGCAUGUGUCCAAUUUUAUCAAAUGUACAAAUGAAAUAUGUACAAUUUUGUAUAUUUAAUAUACCUCAAAAAUUUUGAAAGGAGUUGAUGCUUGUAUUAGAGUUUUCCAAAUAAACAAUACCAAUAGAAAGAUAGAUAAAUAAAAAGAUAUUUAUUAUGAGGGAUUUACUCAUACAAUCAUGGACACUCCCAUCAGCAGCCCUAACCUGAAUACCUGAAAACUGGGGGAGUCAAUAGUAAAAGUCCUGGUCCAAGUCUCAAGGUUCAAGGACCAGUAGUACCCAUAUUUGAUGUCCAAAUAUGGGUAUCCUAGUGAUACCUAUUUUCAGAGAGCAAAUUUGUCUUUGCUUUGUCUUUUUGUUCCAUUCAGAGCCUUCAAUAAUUUGAAUAACGCUCACUCACAUUGGUGAGGCUGAACUUCUUUACUCAAUCUACCAAUUCAAAUGCUAAUCUCUACUAGAAACACCCUUAUGGACAUACUCGGAAAUAAUGUUCUACAAGAAAUCUCGGCAUGUCUUAGCCAAGUCAAGUUGACUCAUACAUUUAACCAUCAUAAUAUUACAGUCUGGAGUUUGAAAUUAAUAGGGCAGGCCAGCAGGCAGAAACUCAGGGCAUGUUUUCCAUAUUACGGUCUUGAGGCAGAAUUCCAGAUUUUUCCAGAAACUUCAGUUUUUGCUCUAAAUCCUUCAUUUGGUUGGCUAGGGACUCAGCCACCUUAUAGAUGUUAAUGUCUUUUAUUUAAGCCAAAUUAUUUUAAAUGUUAAUCACAUAUACAAAAUCCUUUCAUGGUAAUGUUUAGACUAGUGUUUAACCAAACAACUGGGCACAAUAGCUUAGUCAAGUUAACAAGUAAAAUGAAUCAUCUCAGUCUAUAUUUAAAAAGAAGAAAGUUUAAACAUCUAUAGCCUAACCUUCAAACCUAACUGGGAAAAAAAGAGCAAACUAAAGCAAGCAAAAGGAAUCAAAUGAUUUCUAAAAAACAGUACAGAAAUUAUUGAAAUGGAGAAUAGAAAAAUAAUAGAGAAAUCAAUGAAACCAAAAGUCAGUUCUCUUAAAUGUUCGAAAAAGUAAGGGGAAGUUCUCACCUUGGCACAGUGGGUCAAGAGUAUGACUGCAAUGGGUCCCUGAAGAGGUGUAAGUUCCAUCCCUUGCCUGGCACAGUGGGUGAAAGAUCCAGUGUUGCCACAGCUGUGGCUCAGAUGCAAUCCCUUUCCUGGAACUUCCAUAUGCCGUGGGUAUGGCAUAAAAUUAAAAAGAAAGUAAGGGGUUAUUAUUAUCAAACUUACAGAAAUAAAUAAGGAUUAUAAGUAAAUAGAUUGAAUAAUUAUAUGCUAUAUAGUAGGUUAAAAAAGUGUUAUAUUCAAGCAAUGAAAGAAUUUUGAAUACAAUAUGCUAAAUGAAUGAAUCCAGACAUGAAAGGCCACAUAUAUGAUUCCAUUUAUAUGAAAAAUCCAGAGGAGAUAAAUCUGUAGACAAAAGAUAUUUUCAUGGGGUUUAGGGCCUAGGAGGAUGGCCUAGUGAGGAUGAGAGCUAAAGGGUGCAAGGUUUCUUUUUGAAGUGAAGAAAAUAUUCUAAACUUGGCCUUUGUAAUAUUUGUAUAUAGUGAAUAUAUUGAAAAUCAUGGAAAUGUAUGAUAUAAAUGGGUGAAUGUAUUGUAUAUGAAAUUUGUCUUAAUAAAACUUUUAAAACAAGAAAACAAAUACAAGGGGGGCGGAUAAUAGAAAGGUUAUUCUGAGUACCUCUGUAACUGGAUUGUAGGCAUCUUUACUCCAAUCUGAACCUGUGUCUGGUGAUUAGAUCUUUCCCUUAACAAAGGAGAGGGUAUUAUUGCCAUCCCACACACAGAGGCUCAGCUGAGCAUAGAAACCAGCUUUCUGGGACAACCUCACAGAUGGGAUGCUUCACUAGAUUCUAAGACUAGGCCUUCACUUCAUGUCCGCAGACUUAUCAAAGCUGUCCAGAAGUAUCCUUUGCCUUCCCCUGUCUCAAGUCUCACUAAACUAGGAGUACUGGUGGCUGAGAGACCCCACCCCUUAAACACCCUCUGAUGCUCUCUGAAAACAAUGGUUGCCUUGGCUAUAUUAUUACAUAGGGAGCAGUCAUCACUGAAAUAGCCUCAGCAAACUCUGGGCUGCCUGAACAGGGACAAGAUUCAUGGGUUGAGGAUGGGGAGUUUUGGGGGGUUGGGGUCAGUUUGCUAGAUCUGCUUGAGUGAAAACCUGAGAACUUUGGAAUCCUGUGGCUGUUAACCUUCCAGAGGUACCUAUUGUCUCACAAAGUGGCGGUGUUCUUUAGUGAAGGUCAGAAGAGCAUGCUGCAGACAUGUCUAACCCAUAUGCAUUAAAUGCUCCAGCUGUAAUUUUUGACAAUGGAUCAGGACUCUGCAAAGUAGGCUUGUCUGGAGAGAUUGGACCCCGCCAUGUCAUCAGUUCUGUUGUGGGUCAUCCUAAAUUCAACUUGGCUUCAUCUGAAGUCAAUCAGAAAAAUUACUUGGUGGGGGAAAAAGCCUUGUACAAGUAUGAAGCCCUGCAUUUGCACUACCCCAUUGAACGUGGACUGGUAACAAGAUGGGAUGAUAUGGAGAAACUCUGGAAGUAUCUUUUUGAGUGGGAGCUGGGAGUAAAACCAUGUCAACAGCCUGUACUCAUGACUGAGCCCUCCUUGAACCCAAGGGAGAGUCGAGAGAAGACAGCAGAAGUGAUGUUUGAGACUUUCAACGUGCCUGCCUUCUACCUGGCCAACCAUGCAGUCGUAGCACUCUAUGCCUCUGCUUCUGUCACAGGUCUAGUGGCGGACAGUGGGGAUGGGAUCACUUGCACUGUCCCCAUCUUUGAGGGUUACUCCCUGCCUCAUGCUGUCACCAAACUCUAUGUGGCAGGGAGGGACAUCACAGAGCACCUCACCCGACUCCUCCUUGCUAGUGGGUGUAAUUACCCUUGCAUACUCAACAAGGCCUUAGUGGAUGACAUAAAAGAGACACUGUGCUAUGUGGCCUUGGAGCCAGAGAAAGAACUAUGUAAGAAGCCAGAGGAUGUCCUGAGAGAAUACAAACUGCCAGAUGGGAAUGUCAUCCAGCUUGCGGACCAGCUGUUCCAGGUACCUGAGAUUCUUUUUGCACCUGACCAGCUGGGUAUCCACAACCCAGGACUAUCAAAAAUGGUCUCUAGCAGCAUUACAAAGUGUGACACAGACAUCCAGAAAAAUCUUUUUGCAGAAAUCGUGCUAUCUGGGGGAACCACUCUCUUCCCUGGGCUUGAGGAAAGACUUAUGAAAGAACUGGAACAGCUGGCCUCCAGAGGAACGCCCAUCAAGAUCACAGCUUCUCCUGAUAGAUGUUUCUCUGCAUGGAUAGGUGCUUCCAUUGUGACCUCUCUGAGCAGUUUCAAGCAGAUGUGGAUCACUUCUGCAGAUUUCAUGGAGUUUGGGUCAUAUGUUGUUCAGAGAAGAUGCUUUUGAAGGAUUCAGAGCACAAGGGACAGCUUGAAUUGUCAGAUCACAGGAGCACUUGGUGACAUCUUCUCUUGGGCUUUAGGACAUCUUCUCUUGGGCUUUAGCAUCUAUUCAAUAAAAGUGAUAAGACAUUUUGGGUUUCAGUUCAUUUUUGAUAGCACCAGAGUAAUUUUUGAUCUGGCUAAUGAAUCUUUUUCAGUGGUUCUAGUCCACCCUUCCUGUCUCAUGGACCUAUUCAGUUCUUGUCUUCUGAUAAUUCUUUGGUUAUGAGUUGAGGUGGUGUCCACUUGCAGGUUUUAUGGUAAAAGCAAGUUCUUAAACUUCAUCUCAUGCCUGGAAGCUUGACUUAAUAGAGUACCUAGAAUCUUCAUUUUAAUUAAGUGUUUUAGAUAUUUUUGAAAGAUCUAGUGCUAAAGAGAGACAGAAUCACCAAGGAAAAUGUGGGGAGGAGAGAGGAAUUAAGUAGAAGGAGGAAUGUUACCCUGCUCUUAGGGCUUAAUUGACCCUUUCAGUCACCUAGUUCUUAAUUAGCACAAUAAAGCUCUCUGCCCUUAGGCAGCUAAAUAAGAUAGAGCUGUUGUCCUUAUCAGAGAGGAGUGCACAGAACACACUAUAUAUUUAAGGCUUUCAAAGCUUAGGGCCCCUACUCACAGUUGGAAUAUUAAAAAAUCAACAUGUCUUUUUUUUUAAUUGAAGUGUAGUUGUUAUACACUAUAACUUACAUGUGUACAACAUACUGAUUCACAAUUUUUGGAGGUAAUACUCCAUUUAGUUAUUAUGAUAUAUAGACGAUAAUCUCCAUGUUGUAUAAUAUAUCCUUGUAGCUUAUGUUACACCUAAUAGUUUAUACCUCUUAAUCGUUCCCUAUACCUAUAUCGCUCCUUUCUUCUUCCCUCUCCCCACUGG